AUGGCUCAUCACGGUGUGUGCGUAAAUCUGAUGUCUGCGUGGAGGCUGCUGUGGCUCAUUAGUACGGCCGUGGCGUUGGCGAUGCCCCAGGAGACUUACGCGCCUCAUUCGAUUCGGACUCAGGGCCAUCUGACCCUUGGCGGACUCUUCCCGGUCCACUCCAGAGGGGCCGACGGCGCGCCGUGCGGAGACCUGAAGAAGGAAAACGGAAUCCAGCGGCUCGAGGCCAUGAUGUACGCCUUGGACCAAAUUAAUCAGGAUGAGCAACUCUUACCCAACAUCACCCUGGGCGCGCGAGUGCUUGACACUUGUUCGAGGGAUACAUACGCCCUGGAGCAAUCGUUAACUUUCGUCCAGGCUCUGAUCACAAAGGACACGUCUGAUGUGAGGUGCACUAAUGGGGAGCCACCGGUGUUUGUCAAGCCGGAAAAAGUGGUGGGAGUCAUCGGAGCCUCGGCGAGUUCGGUAUCGAUCAUGGUUGCCAACAUCCUACGCCUCUUUCAGGCAACCACUACACAGAGGAUGCGACAGCUGAGAGUGCUGUUGCGUUUCCCCGGUGGUGCUGAAAGAACAGCUCCCGUCUGUUCCAGCAGCACUCCACGCCAAAUUGAGCUGGAUUGCUCCAAGUCAGUGCUAAGGGGCUGUGGCUGUUUCAAGAACGACUUCGCUUACGUCCACGGGAACAGAUCACUCUUCCUGUUGACUGAGAGUCAACUGUUGUUGGCCUUCUGCCGCUGGUGCUGCAGUGGAAUGGGAAGCAGGAGAGGAGAAAAUAAAGUCACAGUGCAGACUAUAACGAACACGGCAGAGAAAACAGAAGUGCGCCCAACUUGUGUCCCUGUCACACCUGAGGAGACCACACAUUCCAGCCACGAUGAUCAGGGCAGCUCUGUUGAACCACGUUUGCUUUGUGUGAAGCUGAAAUCAGAGGACACGUCACGAAAUGGCGUGUGGAUCUGUAUCUUUACCAAAUAA